UCCCACAAUGAAUCGCAGAAAUAUCUUUUGGAACAGAUCUGAGCUCGGUGCGUUUGCACGGAAGAGAAAGAGGAGACGGAGAGAUUAAGCAAUAACAAUGGCGAAUGAAGGAGUGGAGAUCAGUAACAAGCAGGUGAUAUUGAAGGAAUACAUCACCGGGCUUCCGAAAGAAUCAGACCUGCUUGUGACGACCAAUAACACUAUAAGUCUGAAAGUAGGUAGAGGGUCACCAAAAGCCGUUCUUGUGAAGAAUCUCUAUUUAUCAUGCGAUCCUUAUAUGGGAUACUCGAUGAAGCAUCCGGAUUGCGACUUGCACAAUCCCUACACCCCUGGCUCCCCGAUAACUGGAUUUGGAGUGGCUAAAGUUUUGGAUUCAAGCCAUCCGGACUUCAAGAAAGGGGACUUAAUAUGGGGGAUAACUGGAUGGGAGCAGUACUCUCUGCUCACAGCAACAGAACCACUCUUUAAAAUUAAUCAUACGGAUGUACCCCUUUCCUACUAUACAGGAAUUCUUGGUAUGCCUGGCUUGACAGCUUAUGCAGGGUUCUAUGAGAUUUGGAGUCCUAAGAAAGGAGAAUAUGUCCUCGUAUCAGCAGCAUCCGGUGCAGUUGGACAGCUUGUUGGGCAAUUUGCAAAGCUGAUGGGUUGCUAUGUUGUUGGUAGUGCUGGAAGCAAAGAAAAGGUUGAUUUGUUGAAAAACAAGUUGGGAUUUGAUGACGCCUUUAAUUAUAAGGAAGAGCUUGAUUUCAAUGCAACUUUGAAGAGCAGGUACUUUCCCGAAGGAAUCGAUAUUUACUUUGAAAAUGUUGGAGGAAAAAUGCUGGAUGCAGUGCUUCUUAACAUGAGAGUCCAUGGCCGCAUCGCUGUUUGUGGAAUGAUCUCCCAAUACCAUGUCGAUCAGCUUGAGGCUGUACACUAUCUGACAUCUAUCAUUUAUAAGAGGGUUCAUAUAGAAGGAUUUGUGGUUUCCGAUUACUUCCCAUUGUAUUGUAAGUUCAUGGAUACUCUAUUGCCCUGUAUCCGUGAAGGGAAGAUAAAGUACGUGGAGGACAUUGUUGAAGGCCUGGAGAGCGGCCCUGCUGCUCUGAUAGGACUCUAUAGUGGCCAAAAUGUUGGAAAACAGGUUGUUGUGGUCGACCAUGAUUGACUGGCCACCCUUCUCUACUUAAGCAUCGGUUUAAUCCUCAAACACCAGUUGUUUUAAGAA